UCGCAUCCUGCAGUGGGAGAGCGGCCGGAGCCCCCCGGGUGACAGCACCAUGGGAGCCUGGGGACUGAGCCUGGGGGUCCUGCACUGCCUGGGGGUCUACAUCCAUCUGAGCGUCGGAGACAAGCACAACACAGCUGAUGCUUUGUUCACAGAAAUCCCACAGGAUGUUAGCGCACACCCUGGAGAAGAUGUGGAGAUGGCAUGUUCCUUCCGUGGCAGUGGUGACAUCCCCUACUCACUGGAAAUCCAGUGGUGGUAUAUCCGCACCCACAAGGACUGGGCAAACAAGGAAACGUGGGAAGACAGCCAGUUGAAAUCUCUACCGGGGACACCUGAGAAGGGCGCCACUAAGAUAAGCGUGGUAAAGGUCUUUGGCAGCAACAUUUCGCACAAACUGCGCUUGUCUCAUGUGAAAAUCUCUGAUGAAGGAACCUAUGAAUGUCGUGUUCUGGAUUACAGCGAUGGAAAAGGAAGGCAACAUCGCGUCAAGGCUUUCCUUCGCGUGGAGACAGAGUCAGGCCGCCGAAAUACGGUUCCUCACCGCCAACAGGACACCAGCACUCACCGCCACUUCCAAGUCAAAGAGCUGAAAAAGCGAGCGGCAGAGCCCUGUGACCAGUGCCAGGUGUAGAUGGACUGUGGGUACUUUUCCCAAACACUGAUGUACAGAGGAGUGCAUGAGAGGCUUCCCACCCUUCUCCAUCUGAAAAUUGUUGUCUACUUGCAAGCAGGAAUGGCCAGUGGAGAACAGGGACUUUAUUACUUUACCCCAUCACGUGACUUAUUUAUUUUCUUGGUGAAGGGCAUUGAAGUUGCUCAGACUGUUAUCUACGUGGACAAAAAAAGGGAGCUUCCUCCACCAUUGUCCACCAAUCGUAACGCUGCACCCUGCUAUUUCAUUACCCGGACUGCACCAGUUAUUGAGUUCAUAUAGAUCAUUGGCAUUACAGGGAGUAUAAAUUCCCAGGAUGCCUUUGAGUAGAUGAUCUCAAGAUAUAUGGGACUGGGGUAAAAGUGGAAAAGCCUUAUUCGAAAGGCCUCUCAUUGACUGGUCCACUUUUCAAUGUAAUGUCUUACAGGACUCUCCAACAUUAUGUGAUGGUCAAAUUGCUAAAAAUAUCUAACCAAGGGUUUCCUUUCCUGUUUUAUCCAAGAAUAUAUAUGCCAAAAGUGGCAUCAGUCCUCCUAUUCGCUUUGUGUGUCAUAAUCAUUGACUAUCUCAAAUGUAUUGCCUUCUCAUCAAAGGAAACAACUCUCUUCAACAUGGAAGCAACAUAUGGAAGUAUGUGUCUCUAUCUAUAAAGUGACUUUUUUGAGGUUAAUUCAUCUCUAUUUUAGAUCACUUUGAUGCUGUGACCUCUGUGGGGAGAAAUUACUUGCUGUAACUGAAGAGAUCUAGUGGUAGAACUUAUCUACAGGAAAAGCAGAGACGUCUCCAAAAGGAAGGCACUGCUGUAGACUGCUGAUUAGGGUUUCUUGCUAAUAAUCAGUACAGAUGGGGGUCUCUGCUUUGGUUGGUAAGAGUAGUUUUUUCUUCCUUUUGUAGGAGAGCUCAUUUACAUGUGCAGUAACUUCGGAAACAUUUGAUGUUGAGGAAGAUUGUUGGGUCUAAACAUCUGGUUUCUUGCUGCCUUUUGCAGAAGGCAAGACAGGUCAUGAGUAAAAGACCAUGUAGUUGAGUAAGUCUAAUGCUCCUCUGACAGGAUUGCACAACGUUGUUAUGAUGUGACCAUUAGAGUCCUGAAAUCUACUGAAUUAGACUGACAGCAUUAUGUCAGUGUAAUUCAAUAGAUUCCCACUUUCGCAGGGACACAAAUCAUUAUAAUGCUGUGCAGUCCUGUCAGAGGAGCAGAGUUCAGGCUAGGACUUCUCACUGACACACACUGCAAGUUUCUCACAUUAAACUUGCUCAUGUAUGUCUGGCCUAAUAGGUUAGACUAUAAACCAUGGAGGUCUAUGACAGGCAACCUUUUCUUUAUGGAGGAACCCAUAAGGAACUGGGGAAUAUUCUGGAUCAUCUAUGGAUUGCUGAACUACAGCUCUACAACAUAAGCAAAUGUGGACCAUUUCAUUUGUAAUUCACUAUUUAGGUGUCUCUAAAAUAUCAUUUUGAUUGUUUUAAUUGUUAACGAUGCAAAUAAAAAAAAUGUGCCUCUGUGUUAUAACCUAAAACCCAUGAAUGGUGUUCAAGCAGCAAGUUGCCACUCUAAGGUAUACAGAGGUCCCACAUUUGUUCUGAGAUCUCAGAUCUUGAAGUCUCAUCUAAAUACCGGAGUAACGAUUAUAAAUGAUAUAAGCAAAUUACCAACCAUCAUAAGUAACAUUUAGGUUCUAUACCACUGUAGAGCCAUAUUUUAGCCUUCUAAUCUUCUUCAAUUGAGCUUCAUGUAUGGAUUCCCAUUUGUCCGCUUCAUAGGCUUUGCAUCUCCUGCCACCAGAUAUGUAGUCUUGUAGGAUGCUGGUUCCCCUAGUCGUGCCAGCAGCAUAUGGUCUGCAGCUCUUUUUUAGGUAGACAUGGGAAUAUAGGAGAUUACUAGGGUGGUUAUUUUCUUUUGACCUUUCAUCCCAAAAGAUGACUUCCUAAAGGUCAUUUGGAAAGAUUUACGUGAACACCCACUCCAUACAGUAUUAGUAAGAUAGAUUGCCUGGACCUACCUAAAACCUGGAUAAUCAAUGUCUUAUCAACGAAGAAGAGCUGCAAAUUAUAUUCUGGAGGCCACUGAGCAAUGUGCUUGAUCAUGGGCUUAGAAGAAAAAGCUUUUUGGCAUUAAUACAGGCUGUAUAGAUACGCUACACAGAUACCAUUUGCCAUUUAUAUGCUGCUGUAACUGGCACCGCGGAGUCUAUUUACUGUGCGGGUGCUUUGACGCUGCUUCCAUAUCUGUGGUUCAGGUGACACACAUGGUAAGCCUCUCUGUCAAUGGCUUUUUGUUUAGGUGUGACUGUGAGAUUCAGUACUGAAGAGGGCUCUCAUGCUCUCCGCUCAUAAGAUGGAAGCGGUUCCGG